UUUAUAAAAAAUAAAAAUGCAUAGAGGAAAUAAGUCGCAAGGACGUUCGGGAAAAAACUGUUCUCGUCCGCCAGGACUAAAAGGUAGAGAUAUUGGCAUGUACUACAGAAAUCUUGCUCGACAACGUAAGAACUCAGACACCAAAUAUGAGCCCAAAAUCAAUUUGAGCUGCGAUGUAAGCGUUCCGCCUGGCGUUAUUGAGCGUGUGAAUGAAUACAUGGAUCAGUUUAAGGUAGCCCGGGAAGCUAGGAAUAAGCAUUUGGAUGAGGAUUUCCAGCAGAAAUUUCACCACAUGUUAAGUAUGAAUUUCGAUGGCUUCAUAGAAGAGACAAAAAAGCAGAACCAAGAUUUGAAUUUAAAAAACAGAAGCCUAGACGCCCACCUUCUGGACAAACAAAAGGAACUCUUUCAAAAUGUGGACUUUCGAGCGCGUUACGAAGAUCGUAUGAAAUUGCCAACAAUGGGUCACGCAGCAGAAAUCAUCAACGCAGUGGACAAGAAUCAAGUUUUGUUAAUCGUGGGCAGCACCGGCUGUGGUAAAACAACACAGGUGCCGCAGCUUCUGUUAGACGAUUGUAUAGCAAAGGGAAUAGGAUCUACUUGCCGCAUCGUGUGCACGCAGCCUCGUCGAAUCUCAGCAAUAACAGUGGCCGAGCGCGUUAGUUAUGAGCGAGUGGAAACAAUUGGACAUUCUGUGGGUUACCAGAUACGCCUGGAAAGCCGGAAGCCUCGCGAACGUGCCUCUAUAACGUACUGCACCACAGGCGUGCUCUUGCAGCAGCUUCAAUCUGAUCCGCUGUUGCGCAGCGUGAGUGUUCUUCUCCUGGACGAGAUACACGAGCGAAGCAUUGAGACAGAUUUGCUUAUGGCAUUGCUCAAAAUUAUACUGCCACAUCGGCCCACCUUGAAAGUUAUAUUAAUGAGUGCAACUGUGCGGGAGGAAGAUUUCUGUAACUACUUUAAUAGAUGCCCAAUGUUUCGCAUAGAAGGGGUUAUGCAUCCGGUCGAAGUUUUUUACCUGGAGGAUGUACUCGCUAUGACAGGCUAUCAAUUUGACUGCCGGAGCAAUAAACGGUCCCGUCCCCGGCUGGAUCAGUCAGACCACAGAAUCAUGAUCGAGCCUUAUAUACGCCAGGUGCGCGACAAGUACGAUAGCAAAGUGCUUGAGCAGCUGCGAGUACCCCAUUCCGAAGGUUGCGAGGACAUCGAGUUCAUUGCGAGUCUCAUCUAUUAUAUAUGUAACAAUAAAUCAGACGGUGCUAUAUUGGUUUUUGUACCUGGAUUCAGUAAGAUAUCACAGUUACAUAACACACUAAAAAACCCACGUUCACCCUUGGGACAGCGCUGGCGCAAUCAUUUACUUAUCUUUCCAUUGCAUGCAAUGCUGCCCUCGGUGGAGCAACAGUCCGUGUUCAGGCCAGCCCCCAAAGGCAAACGAAAAGUAAUCAUAUCUACCAUCAUUGCCGAAACUUCAGUAACCAUUGAUGAUGUUGUUUACGUCAUUAAUACGGGACGAACUAAAGUAACUGACUAUGACAUUGAGACAAACAUACAAUCUCUUGAGGAGUGCUGGGUGACGCAUGCAAACACGCAGCAGCGCAAGGGGCGUGCGGGUCGUGUUCAGCCAGGCGUCUGUUACAAUCUGUUUAGUCGGGCACGAGAGGCUCUGAUGUCAGAAGUGCCAACUCCAGAAAUAUUGCGUUGCAAACUGGAAGCGAUCAUACUUAGUCUCAAAGUACUUCACAUCGAUGAUCCUUACGCAUUGUUUGAAACAAUGAUCGAUCCGCCUGUUCAGAGAACCGUGAGCACAGCCAUUAAUCUACUUAAGCGGAUAGAAGCGCUUGACAUUGAUGGUAAGCUCACACCGCUGGGCAUGCAUCUGGCGAAGCUUCCAAUUGAUCCGCAAGUGGGUAAAAUGAUUCUGAUAUCAGCGCUUUUCCGUUGUGUGGAUCCCAUUACAUCUGUCGCAGCUGCACUCUCCUAUAAAAAUCCGUUCUAUACGCCCUUGGGUCAGGAGCAGCGGGUCGACCAGGCUAAGCGUAGGAUGGCCCAAGGGAUGCACAGCGAUCAUCUAAUGAUACAUAACACAAUUUGCAACUACCGCGAAAGCGUAGAGAACCAUAGAGAUCGCGACUUUUGCUACAACAACUUUCUCAGUCACAUGACACUUCAGCAGCUAGAACGUAUGAAGUCUCAAUUUUCCGAGCUCCUCAGUAACUAUAAGUUCCUAAAUUCAACGAACUGUUUGGACCAUUCAUCUAACAUUAAUUCUGGGAAAAUUCCCCUGCUUCGUGCAAUAAUUGGAGGCGGUCUCUAUCCCAAUAUGGCUCAUUUGCGUAAAGCACGACAAAUAAAAAAUCGUGUUCGCGCGAUUCAUAACAUGACGACCGACGAUGGGCGUCGAGUAAAUUUUCACCCCUCAUCAGUAAACAGCGGCGAGACAGGAUUUGACUCAAACUACUUUGUGUACUAUCAGCGGCAGAAGUCAACGGAUCUCUAUCUGCUCGACGCUACAAUGGUGUUCCCGAUGGCACUUAUUAUUUUUGGCGAUGGCGUCGAGACUGGUGUCGUAGAUAAUAGACAUUAUCUGUCCGUAGCUCAGACCUACUAUUUUAAAUGCAGUCCAGAAACGGUUUCGGUAGUGCUGAAUUUGCGUUCAAGUUUGCAACUCUUGUUGCUUGAGAAAGCCUUGCAUCCAGCGCCAAUUGAGCAAAACAGCGAUGCUGAUCAACUAAUCAAAUCCAUUGAGCUUCUGCUUUCAAUUGAUGAUAAAAUGGGUGACGACUAUGAAAUCAUGUCGGAUGAGAUUGACAACAUUUAAAUGAAUUAUUGUCGAACAUAGGGGAAUUCUGAUGUGAUCAAAUGUAUACU